GUUUCAGCGACCCCUACUGCAUGUUGGGAAUACAGCCGGUUCCGGCGCCUUCGUCGCCUCAACCGCUAGCAUCCAAUCGCACUCUUUCGGAAACCUGCAAUGACGGGCAGGGUAAUCACGAAAAGCUCCGGAAGCAUCACAGCUUCAAGCUGAGCUUUAAACGUAAGGAGGGUCGCAUCCGAGAACAAAGAGACAGUAUCGGCGGAGCGCUACCUGCUAAAUUCAUACGCGCCACGUCCGUUAAAUCUCAUACUCUUAAUCCACGAUGGAAUGAGAAGUUUAGGUUCGACAUCGACGACCCGAGCAGCGACUCGCUCCAUUUAGACAUUUGGGACCACGACGACGAGAGUUCUGUACUAGAGGCCGUCAGUAAGCUAAACGAGGUACGCGGCGUUCGCGGCUUGGGUCGCUUCUUCAAGCAAGUUUGUCAAUCGGCACGGCAAAGUUCCCAGGAUGACUUUUUGGGGUGCGUUACGAUUCCAUUAUCGGACAUUCCGUCGACCGGUUUAGAGGGAUGGUUUAAGCUGGAGGCGAGAUCGCAGCGAAGCUCCGUACAAGGAAGAAUACGGCUGAAGAUGUGGCUUUCGACGAGAGAAGAUCGAGGUAUUUCGGAAGAGGACAAUUGGACCGAAGUUAGGCAACACGAAAGCUUAUACGCGAUCUUCGUGGAUUACGAACUGCGGAAUUGGACGGAGGAGAGUUGGACGUGGUCUGGUGAUUUACCGGGACCGGCCCUUACCAUAUUACAUCAGCAGGCAGUUCAAGGCGAUUUAAACGAAUUACAAAAGGCAUUAGCUCGAUUCGUGGCAGCCGCAAAAGUUUAUCUUCAGCAUCCAUUAGAUCCCCGUUGGAUGCUACAAUUACUAACAGAUUUGGAACACGCGUGGAUUUCUACUUCGCUAUCGCGAGAAGAGGAGAUUUGGCUCGCCGAAUAUUUCACGUCGAUCUUAGAAAGGUGGCUGCUGCAAAUACGACACCAUCGGCAGCUGUUCCCUGCGCUCCAUCCUCCAUCACUGUCGCGCCUCGAAUAUUUACUUAGAUGUUUGGCGUACAUUUCAAAUAUGAAAGCGUUCUGGAAAUGCUGCCCGUUUAAUAAGGAAAUUCGAGGAGAAAUUGUAGCUGCGCUACGAAAGGGAACGCCGGAUUGGUUUUCGGGGUUGAGGUCAGCAACUAUGACCUUAGAUGAAUAUGAUAGCUCAUUCGUCGACUUCUGCUCUGAAAUAUACACCAGCUUGCAACACAGUCUUUCGUACUACCACCCCCUGUUCGAAGGCACAAAUGGAAUACCCUACUUUAGCGUAGUAUUUAAACAGUUAGAUAAGUUACUAGCCGACGAAGUUGUAGCGUUUUUAAAUCAAAACGAGCACCCAGACGCUGCGUAUAGUAGACUAAUUUUCGCAGUUUACCUGGAGAUAAAAGACAUAGCGUCGUUUAGUCAAAAUUUACCGUCAGGCGGUGAUCACAAGUUGAACCUGGUGAGGUGCCACGAGUGGUUUGAACCGUCAGUCAGUUGUUGGUUGUCGAUAUGUAAAAAUAAGGCAUUGCAACGGGUGCGAUCAGCGAUUGACCUCCAGAAACCGUGCGACAGCGAAAAGUUGGUCAAGCACAGCUCUUCGGCAGUUGACGUGGUUGUGAUGUUCUGUCAAUUAAGAGACUUUUGGAGACUGCUUCAGUGGCCUAAAGCAACAUCUGUUCCCCUAUUAUCACAAUUACUAGAUUGUAUAUGUUCAGCAGCGCUGCUCUACUCCGAUAUAACAUAUCAAACUCUAAUGGAAACCGGUUACUUCGACCGGCCCGGACCAUUUCGUGUAUCGGAUGAGAUGUGCAUUGCAAGUAAUAACUUAGAAUAUGUUCAUAAAUUUACAUCGCUAUUAGAAAAUUACUUCGAUUUCAUAACGCUGGAGUCAAUUGCACCGGAAUCACAAUGCCUUACAUUAACUAAUCUCUUAGACGCCACUUUAAAGCAGCUUCAAAUUAAGGUUUUCGAUAUAUUAAAGAAAAUAGGCCCCCAGAUGCAGGAACCGCUGAGGAAGGCCAUGUUUCACUUGGCCUGGUCGCCGGACACGUUACCGACGGCGCAAGCCGUAGAACCUCUAUUUGAUUACUUGCAUAAUCACUUUCUUGCCUUAAAUAUAUCGCUUCUCCCUCAAAAUUUUCAACGCGUUCUGUUUGAGGUGUGGGAAUGCGCGCUGAAAGAGUUAAACAACCAAAUAGACGGCGGAGGGAAUGCCGAAGAAAUGUCGGCGAUGUUUCACGAUCGUCUUCACUCGGCCUUAGAACUGAUGGUGGAAUUCUUCCACGCCGAUUCGUUAGGAUUGCCGCUGGAAACGCUACACUCCGAUACGUUUUAUCAUGUCGAACAGCGUUUGCAGUAUCACACGACGAGUACGGAGCCACUAAUCGAGCUGUUUUAUGGUUACAGACUUCAGGAACAGUUAAGCACGACUAGUGGUCCUUACGGAGUUUUGGAUGUUAGAGCGUAUUUCAAUCACGAUUCUCUUUGUGUCGAGGUGCUUCACGCAAGAGACAUAAUUCCCCUAGACCCCAACGGUUUCAGCGAUCCAUUUGUGAUAAUAGAAUUGUUACCGCAUAGAGUAUUUCCGCACUGUAACGAGCAGCAGACAAACGUUCAUAAGAGGACUUUGCAUCCGAUUUUCGACGAGUGCUUCGAAUUUAGCGUCUCGCUGGAACAGUGCCGAUCGCCGAGCGCCAUGAUCGCGUUCACCGUGAUGGACCACGACGUGCUCACCGCAAACGAUUUUGCCGGCGAAGCGUUUUUGUCGCUUGGGAGUAUACCGGGAGUGGCCGACACCGGUACCGGUGUUGACAACUUUCACGGUCUAAAGCCGGUGGAAUUGGUACUGAUGCAGCAGCAAAAUAAAAGUCAUCCCAUUUUGCAAACCUUAGAGUCAAGAGUAGGAGAUCGUACAGCGAUAGAUUUUGUAAAAAAGCAAAAGUUACGAUUUGCUACGAAAUAACAUCAGUUUUCAUCAAGCAUGAUGCGUUCAUAUUAUGAAAUAUGCAACCUCUAUUUUUUCUACGAGUUUUAUUUCGCAUGGCAAAUCUACAAAUAUAUCAAAGAUUUUGUAUAUAUCAAUGUUUCCGUGUAAUAAAUAUUUUUAUAUGUUUACCGACUUUGUAGAUUUGCCAUUUUCAUUAAUUUUGUAUGUUUCCAUCUAAAAACUUUUCUACCAAACGAACUACUUUUCUAUGACAGUGUUUAAUGUUUCUCGUAAUUCAGUAUUUUUAAAUGUCUCUCAGUGACAAAUGUUCUGGUCGAAUGCCUAAUUGUUAUACGGUUUACGAAGUAAUUCAAAGUUAUUUGCACGAACGAUACCUACUCGUACUUUGUUGGAUUUUAAAAUGACUGCGCACAUAGUACUUACUAAAACAUGGGACAAUCUUUUGUAUAUGCAAUGAUUGAAGUUUUUCUUUAAUCGAUGGUAUUACUAUACAUAAUUAACAUUUUUGAAAACCUUUAUACUUAAUAUUAUAAUCUACACCAUACGCACUAUGCUCAGUGAUAAUAGUAUGCUUCAUGCUAAGGAAUAAUUUGUGUUCAUUCCAUUUCUACCAUCAUGCAGUUAAGGCUAUGUGAGCAAUUCCGAAUGUUGUUCUUCUGCUGCAUACAUGUUCUCUUCGGGCAGUUAUCAAUGGCGGAUCGUGCAGGUUGCAUGUACAGUGAUUUUAAAAAAACUGAUUUGUAUGGUUAGUUUUGUGAGAAUGCACGACCCGCCACUGCCCAUUAUUUCUAAUCCUCACCCCUCACUAACCCCCCUGUAACACUGUAUGUCAAUUUGCGCGGUAACAUACUCUUCCAAUAUGUUUUGGACUCCGACGUUUACGCUUCCAUUAACGCCUUAAGUCAACGCCUCGUGCACCGCUAAAUGUCUGUCUGUCUGUGUGUGUUGUAUGGCUGUGACAAGUUUUUUAGUUUGAUUUUUCAUCAUCUCUAUCGAUGCCUUUCAUAUCAUCACAAAAGCACAAUUUCUAAACAACUUAGCUAUCUUAAAACCUAAUAUUACGUAAUAAUAUUAAGAUAUAUUGCGUACUAAAACUAAUAUUGUAUAUUUUACAAACUUCUUGCUUGCAUCAGGUUUAUCAACCCGAUAGCACAAUUUUUUAAAAUUCGUAUUAAGUUUAAUGUAUAAUAUAUCUGUUUGUUUGUAAAUAACUAAUGUAGGUAUAUGCAAAGAGUUAUUGUAAAUAAGCGUAGAGAGUUUAGGCACCAGUUUGCAUCAUUACAAAAAUCUAAAAUAGACAAAUAUUAACAUAUCUUGCACCUACCUAUAUCAUGGCAAUCAAUAUCGUUGUACUUAACUUGUGCGAUCCUACAAACAAGGCUUCUAAUUGUUGUGAUAUGACGUACCUAAUAUGAUUUUGACCAGUCCAUUCCUGUCGAGCUUAAUGUACUUUAUGUCAAUUCAACUAACAUAAUAUAGCAUACUGAAACAAAUCUGUUCUACUGUCCAUGUGUCUAUGAAAAAAAUAAAAAUUAUUAAAUUGUC